AUGAAAAUAAUAUUCAAUUUACUAAUAUUAUUUAGUUUGGUUAAUUUUAUAAAUUCCCAAUCAACAACACAAGCCACAACUUUAAAAUUAGAGGGAACUAUAUAUGAUCAAUAUCCAUAUUAUGAUAAUAAUUUUGAACCAAUUGCAGGUUCAUUAACAACUAGACUUGUCCAAAAUGCAAUCAAUACAACUACAAGAACUCCAACAUUAAAUACAUUAUUGCCAUUUACAACAACAAAUGUAAUGGGAAGAAUGGUAACUCCAAGUUUAUUCCAAUAUUUCUAUCAACCAAAUAAAAAUGCUCCAUUAACAAAUAAUUCUGGUGCAAAUUUCCCAAUCCCAAUGACUGUAAAUUUAACUUUGAAUCCAUCAACUGGUACUUAUGUUUAUGAUAAUCAAUUCUUUUUCCCAAUUGAUUAUCAAGGUUUUGAUACAAAUCCAUUUUAUCGUAAUUAUACAGAUGGAACUGAUUAUCAUAAUUUCCAUUUUUGUUUAAAAAUAAAUACACGUUUUACAUAUACUGGUAAUGAAGUAUUUUAUUUUGUUGGUGAUGAUGAUGUAUGGGUAUUUAUCAAUGAUCAAUUAGUUAUUGAUUUGGGUGGUCUUCAUGAAGCUGCAGGUAAGAAUAUUGAUUUAACAACAUUGGGUUUAACAAAAAAUAAAGAUUAUACAUUUGAUUUCUUUUAUUGUGAAAGACAUACAACCAAAUCAACAAUUAGAAUUGAAACUUCAAUUCAAGCAUAUUGUCCAUUUUAUGAUUAUUGUGGUGUUUGUUAUGGUGAUGGUUCAACUUGUUGUGAUCCAGUAGUAAAUUGUAAUGAUGGUGAUUUAUGUACAAUUGAUUCAUGCCCACCACGUGAUACAAUUAUUCCAGCAGGGUUUUCAAUUUCAGAUCUUUGUCAACAUGCACCAGUAUCAUGUCCAUCAAUUGAUAUGUGUACAAAUAAUACAUGUGAUUCUAAAAGUGGUCAAUGUACACCAACAUCAAUUAAAUGUGAUGAUAAAUCAUCUCAAUGUUUAACAUUAAAACCAUGUGACCCAUCAAGUGGAUGUUUGUAUACUUCAUCAUGUACUUCAGCUCAUAAUCCAUGUAAUACAGGUGCUUGUUCAAAUGGCCAAUGUCAAACCAAAUCAAAUAGUACUUGUGCAGCUGAAUUGGGUAAUGAUCCAUGCAAAGUCUAUUAUUGUGAUAUUAAUAGUGGCUGUGUUUCUCAACCAUUAUGUAAACAAGGUCCAGAUUCAUGUGAACAAAAUGUUUGUAAUGCUGGUGUAUGUACAAUAAAGAAAUUAGAUCCAUCAGUUUGUUCAUGUGGUUGUGUAUUAAAUAAAUGUCAAAAGAAUAAUUGUGUUACCGCUUCAAAUGGUACAUCAGUAUGUUCACCACUUCCAUUAGAUGAAAUUGAUGAUGGUAAUCCAUGUACCGAUGACCAUUGUGAUGAAACCACUGGUUUAAUAACCCAUAAUAUAACUACAAAAUGUACAGGUUGUAUGAAAUGCAAUACAACCACUGGCUCAUGUUCACCAACAAAUAAUGAAUGUCAAGAUGGUAAUGAAUGUACUGAUAAUAUUUGUGUUGCUGCAGCUACAAAUAUAAAUCAAGGUGAAUGUUCAAAUAAGACAGUUUCAUGUCCAACCACUGAUAAAUGUUUAGUAUAUACUUGUGAUACUAAUAAAGGUUGUGUUUCAAAACCAGUGGUAUGUCCAAAUAGUGGUAAUUGUCAAGUUGGUGUUUGUGAUAGUGUUAAAGGUUGUACACUUGUACCACGUGUUUGUAAUUCAACUGCUUUCUGUUUAGUUUCCCAAUGUGAUGAAGCUAUUGGUUGUAUAACUUUUGAAAAACGUUGCUCACCUGAUAAUUCAAAGUGUCAAAGUGGUGUUUGUGUUAAUGCAACUGCAACUGAACCUGGUAAAUGUAAAUCUGUAGAUUAUGAUCCUAAACCAUUUAUUUGCCAAACUGGUGCAAUAGUUUCAACUGCUGUUGUUGCUUCUGUUGUUGUAGUAGGUGCUGUUGUUUUAGGUGCUGCAAUUUUUGCUGGUAAAAAAGGAUAUGAUCAUUGGAAAGCGAAUCAAGGACAAGUAUUUGCAAGUAGUAAUGCAAAUCCAUUGUAUCAACAAUCAAAUAAUGGUGGUGAAAAUGCUCUCUUUGAAGCACCUCAAUAG